AUGGAUCAAGGGUCGGAGGAAGAAGAGAUUGACGUGUUUCGAAAUGUGGCCCAAGGUUUAGUUGGCAGUUAUCUCGAGAUAACAAUACAAUACUGGCAAGAACUAAUCAACGAGAUUGAAAUGACCAAUGAACCAGGCAGCGAACACCAGGACGACUUCAAAUCACAUUCCUUACCGCUCGCGCGUAUCAAGAAAGUAAUGAAAACGGACGAGGACGUGCGGAUGAUCAGCGCAGAGGCUCCGAUUCUGUUUGCUAAGGCGUGCGAAAUAUUCAUCACCGAGCUCACACUGCGUGCCUGGUGCGUCGCAGAGGAACACAAACGGAGAACGCUGCAGAAAAGUGACGUCGCGCAGGCGCUUUUGAAGAGUGACAUGUUUGAUUUUCUGAUUGACAUCGUUCCACGCGGCGCGGAAUAA